CAAAUUAAUCUGUUGUUCACUACUUUAGUUUCAUUUCUCUCUUCCAUGGCCACCUCCCCCACCACCCACACUCUCUCUCACCACUCACGUGUUUCACACAUGCACCACCACUACUAUACCACCUCCUCCUCCGACGAGUUAGACCUCAAGGACAGCGACAUUGAGGAAGAUGACACCGAGGAGGAGGAGGAGGAGGUGGUGGAGAAAGGAGGAGGAGCCACCAGCGGCAAGGUGGUUGUUUCAUCAUCACGGUGGCGUGACCCUAGAGGCAAAUGGGUGAAAGAAUGGAACAGGAUGUUCCUACUAGUGUGCGCCACCGGAUUAUUCGUGGACCCGCUGUUCUUCUACGCGCUGUCGAUGAGCGACACGUGUAUGUGUCUCUUCAUCGACGGCUGGCUCCUCAUCAGCGUCACCGUGAUCCGCUGCAUGACGGACGCGUUGCACCUCUGGAACAUGUGGUUGCACUUCAACAUGGCCAGACCAACCACCGGAACUUCCUCCUUGUCUUUUCCAGCUGCUGUCACCACCACCACCUUACGUGGCGGCUCCUUUGCGAUUCAUUAUCUUAAGGCUAACACCGGUUUCUUCUUUGACCUCUUUGUCAUCCUUCCAAUUCCCCAGAUUGUGCUAUGGAUAGGGAUUCCAUCUCUGUUGGAGAAAGGCUCAAUUGCGAUGGUGACGACGGUGUUCUUAACAAUGUUCCUCUUUCAAUACCUUCCCAAGAUUUAUCACUCAGUUUGCAUCUUGCGCCGCAUGCAAAACCUCUCCGGCUACAUUUUUGGCACUGUUUGGUGGGGUAUCUCGCUCAACCUGAUCGCAUAUUUUGUCGCUUCCCAUGCAGCGGGUGCAUGUUGGUACUUGCUAGGAAUCCAAAGGGCAACCAAGUGCCUGCAAGAGCAAUGUGGGAAUGCCCCUGGUUGUAGCCUUAAAACCCUGUGUUGCCAAAAGCCUAUAUACUAUGGAACCACCAACUUGGUGAUGAGGGACAAAACAAGGUUGGCUUGGGCACAGAAUAGGGAAGCAAGGUCCACAUGCUUGGAUAGCCCUGAUAACUACGACUAUGGUGUUUAUGAAUGGACUGUUCAGCUCGUAACCAAUGAUAGUCGAUUGGAAAAGAUACUCCUACCUAUCUUCUGGGGCCUCAUGACUCUUAGCACAUUUGGGAACCUAGAGAGCACAGCGGAACGGAUAGAAGUGAUUUUCAACAUUAUUGUGGUCACUGCUGGCCUCAUUCUGGUCACCAUGUUAAUAGGAAAUAUCAAGGUGUUUUUAAGUGCUACAACAUCAAAGAAGCAAGCGAUGCAGUUAAGGAUGAGGAACCUUGAAUGGUGGAUGAGAAAGAGGCAGUUGCCGCAGGGGCUCCGGCAGCGUGUGCGUAACUAUGAGCGGCAGCGUUGGACUGCUAUGCGUGGGGUUGAUGAAUGCCAGAUGAUCAGAAAUCUCCCUCAGGGGCUCAGAAGGGACAUCAAGUACCAUCUCUGUUUGGAUUUGGUCAGACAGGUGCCACUGUUUCAGCAUAUGGAUGAUUUGGUGCUAGAGAACAUUUGUGACCGUGUGAAGUCUCUUGUGUUCACAAAGGGAGAAACGAUAACUAGAGAGGGAGACCCGGUUAAGAGAAUGCUAUUCGUGGUAAGGGGCCACCUUCAGAGCAGCCAAGACCUACGAGACGGGGUGAAAAGUUACUGCACCUUAGGCCCCGGGAACUUCAGUGGCGACGAGCUCCUCUCAUGGUGUCUAAGAAGGCCGUUCAUAGAGCGUCUUCCACCGUCCUCAGCCACUCUGGUGACGCUCGAAACCACCGAAGCAUUCGGGCUUGAAGCGGAGGACGUGAGGUAUGUGACACAGCAUUUCAGGUACACCUUCAUGAAGGAAAAGGUUAAGAGAAGCGCGAGGUAUUACUCGCCCGGGUGGAGAACUUGGGCUGCAGUGGCCAUUCAACUAGCUUGGAGGAGGUACAAGCACAGGUUGAGUUUGACAUCUUUGUCAUUUAUAAGGCCCCGGAGGCCGGCGUCGAGGUGCACUUCCAUGGAGGAGGACAGGCUUCGCCUUUAUACGGCUUUGUUAACCUCGCCAAAGCCUAAUGACCAGGAGGAAUAUGAUGACUUUGACUUUUCAUAGUAUGUAGAUUUUGCUUGGUUAACCUGAAUGAAAAAGAAAAGAAGGAAGUAUAUAAUGUAUGGAGUGUGCUGGAGUGCUUUGAUUGUUGACUUGAUAUGUGGAUUAUCUUAGGCUGACUAGUGAAAAUGUAAAAAGUAAUUAAUGAAUAAAAUUAUUUAUGGA